ACAAGCAUGCAGAGUGUGCAGAGUGUUUCAGGCUGCAAGCGUAUGAGGGCCGCAGCCAUAAGUCAAGUCAAAUCAUGAUCUAGGCAGCUGGUCUGGGGAAGUAUUAAGAGUAUUCUAUCACAAUAUGGAGAACUGGCACUGUUUGCUGCUGCUGUGCACACUGAGUUUAGAGCUUUCCUCUGGAGGAGUUACAAAAAAUGAUGAUGACAUCGACCUUGUCAGCUUUUUGAGAAAUAUCUACCCCGAGCCGUUCAUCAUCAACCGAGACUUUGAGAUAAACUCCGUCGAGGAGCUGGGACGCCUGGGGGACCCUGCAGUCAUACAGCAAACCAAGGACAAACCUGUCACUCAGGAUACAGAUGGGGCUGCUGGACCAGUGGUGAUAACCAAAGAUGGCGAGAUCAAGGGGAUUACUGUGGAUAAGGCCUAUGUAUUCUAUGGUGUUCCGUACGCAAGUCCUCCUGUUGGGGCUUACCGCUGGAAGCACCCCAGACCUGUGAAUCCUUGGCGCGGGGUUUAUGAUGCCUCCUUUCCCAGGGCCGCAUGUAUGCAAUUCUGCAGUAAAGCUAUCACUGAGGAGUGCCCUAAGAGUGUCAGUGAGGAUUGUCUCUACCUCAACAUCUUUGUACCGCUGGAUGUGGACUUGAGCUCUCCUCUGCAGAGCCACCUGCCUGUCAUGGUUUGGAUCCAUGGUGGAGAUUUCAUUGCUGGUUCUGCCUCCAAGCCUCUGUAUGAUGGACGUUUCAUUAGUAACUUCACCCACAGUGUUGUUGUAAGCCUGGAGUACCGACUGGGUGCAUUUGGGUUCCUUGUGUCGGGAAAAGAUCUUCACACAUCAGCUGCAGGGAAUUAUGGGAUCCUGGACCAACAGGCAGCUCUUCUUUGGGUCCAACAGAACAUUGCCGUGUUUGGAGGGGAUCCCGCCAAGGUCACAGUAUUUGGGGAGAGUGCAGGCGCUCAGUCGGUAAGCCUUCACCUGAUGAUCCAAAGCAGCAAGCCUCUGUUUAACCAGGCCAUCCUGCAGAGCCUGCCCUUCUCCAUCCCUCUGAAGACCAGACAUGAUGCCCUGAAACUGGGAAAAGACUUUGCUAAACAGACAAACUGCUCUGUGAGCGACUUUGUCUGCCUGCUGUCUCUCACUCCGCAGGCCAUCCUGGCCGCCCAGAUGAAAACAAGUUCCAAGAUUUUGAACCCAUUCAGGUUUCUGGAGGUUUUUGAGACGUGGGGUCCGUAUAUCGAUGGGGAGUUAAUCAAAGAGCAGGCUGUCACUGCCUUUCAAAAGGGGCACUGGCAGAAAGAAAAGCCAAUACUGCUGGGUACAACGUCCGAGGAGGGGGUUCUGUUUGCGUAUGGGGUCUUCAACAAGCCAGUCUCCACAGUGGAGUGCACCGUGUACAUCACAGCCAUCUUUAAACAACACACCCUACAGAUCCUACACAAGUACCUGCCCGCGUACAGGGAUGCUGACCACAGAAAUAUGCUGGCUCAGAUUGUUACCGAUUUUGUCUUCUUAUGUCCAUCGAGGAGGUCAGCACGUGCUGGCACAGCAGCGGGGAGCAAGGUCUGGAUGUAUGUUUUUGACCAUGUGAUCUCGGACCGCAGUGUCUGGUCAGGUCUCACUUUCUGCUAUGAGCAUUCCUGCCAUGGUGCAGAGCUGCCCUUUCUUUUUCAUUCAGCCUCUGUGGCCAACUUCACCCUGUCACCGUCGGAGAAGCUGCUGUCCAAUCGAAUGCUGUGCUACUGGGGUGCCUUCGCUCACACUGGCGACCCUUCCUCCAGGAGCCAACAGACAACUUUCUGCCGGGAGCAGCGUCUGCCUAUUUGGCCGCGCUAUUCUGACACCAGUGGCUUUCUAGUCAUGAACCUCACUGUGCGUUCCCAUGCACAAGCCGGAACCAGAAACCAUAUAUGUGAUUUCUGGGACCAGCUGGGCAUCUACUAGAGAGGGAACAGGCUGGGCAUGCUGUUCUUUUGUUGAAGCUAGAGUCAAAAGAAUGGUUCUUUUUCCCUGCAUUGUUUUGUUUCUAAAAGUAGGAUAUGUAGAUGUCUGCUCUAGCUUUGCUCUAGAGACUGUCAAGUUAGUUGAUGAAGUUUUGCUAGUUACUACAGUACUCCUGCCCUUUUGUCUUUUGUUUGUUGCAAGUAAACCAUGUAUUUGUUUGUAUAAUUGAAUGCAAGUCUGCAUGACUUGAAUUGUUAUCUAGGAGCAAAGCAGCCAGACUGUAAUUUUUAGCUAUAUCAGUCACCAGACUGGAUUAUUACAACAAUUCACAAAUUAAUGACCAUAAUGUUUGGUACAAAAAUUCAUUGCUUAGGGGGAAUCCUGCUAAUUCUGUUCUGUUGUUUAUUAGGGAUUUGCAUAUUUGGACUGGAGUGAAAUAUCUUGUCAACUAUGUGGUGUGGUCCAAAAUAUUUUUCUGCCCUGAAAACACCUCCAUGAGUUAUUUCUGCUCACAACUUAUUAGGACCUGCAGCCAUAUGUUAUUCUAAGAUAAGUGCCUCCCCUUUACAAAAUUUUAUGAGUCAUAAGACGCUGGCAUCAAACACUUUGCCAGAAGAAAGCUGGUUCUAUCUGGCAAAAGGGGAAAACGAAUGCAUUAGGUAAAAGUGGUAAACAUCAGUAGGACGAUUGGUUGAUGGAAGGCUAGUUUGGUUUUUGGGAUCACGUCUGCUAUGCAGGCUAAUGUCAAAGAAAUGCAGAAUAUCUCAAACAACAGGAAAUUAGAUUUAUGUUGACUCGUAGCAAAUUAAUGGUGAGCUGGUGAACCAUAUCUUGCUGCCUAUCUGUAACCAAAUCCUACCUGGAAAUACUAUUUACCUUAUAUAACCUUUAAGGCAAAGUGAUUGAAGAUUAGUUGAACUAAUAAUGCUGGUAGAGAAAACCACUGACCGGCAUAUGACAGUAUGGUAAAUACUCUACUUUAAAUGUGGGUCAUUGGAACUAACUGCCAGUUACAAAGCAAUGGUAAAGAGGGAACUGUUGCAUAUGAGCCCUAGAAGGCAGCAUGGUACUACUCAAAUUUGGGCUGCCAGUGAUUUUUUGCUUUUCGCACCCCCCUGCAAACCCCAGUAGUCUUGCAGUGGCACCAUUUCUCACAAGUCAUUGUUAUGCUCUCCUGGCUAUUGUUUCUAUCUUAGAUUAUUAAGUAAUUAAGAAUUAAACCCAUGUCAGUCUCCACUUUAUAUUGUACCUUAUGAGCCAGGUAAUAACACUAAAGGCCAUCAGCAACACAUCUGCGUGUUGUGAAACGUAAAUGGCUUGAUGCUCUCAGCUAAGUCACUGACAUUUUAUUUGACAUGUUAUGUCAAAACAAUUCAGUUAUGAUUCUCAUCAUAUAAGUCUUGCCAGUAAGUGAUAUGGGUGAUUGUCCACAAUGAAUGCUAAUCUAAAUUUACAUAAAUAAGGGUACAGCUUGUCAUAUCAUCCAAGAACAAAGGAGGCAGUAAUUUGUGUGAAAUAAUUGUAGUUUAUGAGUUUACGUUCCAACAGAAGUGGUUUGAAAUCUUUCAAAUCCUUCACUUAAUCUGGGAGCUUAACUGGCAAAUGUCCAGUCAUAAGCCUGCUUCCUUAGCCUUCGGGCGUUCACCACUCCUGUCUCUUUCUAGAGCAACUGAAGUGGCCUCUCUCCCUACUGGCACAAAGGCCACAGUGAAUUGUCCUGUUUCCUUUGGGGCCAGUUUAAUAUAUGCCACAGACACACACACACACGACCAUUUUUAUUGGCUGUUUACACACGACUGGUAGAGCGCUGACACACUAGGGUGUGUUGAGGCCACCUCAUUAUCUCAGCAGACAUUUACUUUGCUGUCAUCCAGUAUCAAAGCACGGCCUGCGCUGCGACUUAGCUGUCUGAGAUGGCCGCACAGCUAAUCAAUUGCUGUUCAUCCCAGCACUGCGCCAAAGGCUGUGCUCACAGGCUGUCCCCCUCCCCCUAAAAAACCCUGCUGCUCAUUAUUGUGACAGCUGAUAAGAGGGAGAUGGAGUGAGAGCGAGAGGGGAAAAACAGACACAAUCCUUUCUGUUGCCUGUAUAAUUUAGAAAAGGUUAUGGAAUCAGUGUCUGGCUGUCACUCUCCAGCUCCAGAUCAAGGUUGUUGGCUUUGCACAGACACAUUCCAAUAAGAUCUGAUUAUGGCCACUGCAUUUGCAAUUAAAAAUUAGAUGACAGCCUUCGCUGCCCAGUGUGCUGCUUGAGACAGUUAGAAUACAGCAGCACACUGUUCACUGGCAUCCUUCUCAAAACGAAUUGGGCUCGUUCAACUUUUAACCUCCUAGGACCUGGCGUCCAAAUAUGUGGACAUCACAUUUUGGGUUGUCUAGACCAAAAUACUAAUUUCUCCUCUACAAGGGCCUGAUAUCCACUUACGAGGAUGUUAUACUGCCACUGUUCUUUCAAAAUUUAAAAUGAAUGUCCUCUUAUGUUGAUCUCAUUUUUCUCAGAAACAAAAAUCAGUUAUAAAAAAAAAAAUCUGAUAAUUCUUUGUUUUUACAUUCAUCAGGUCCCAAUCAGCCCAAAUAGCAGAGAGAAAUUAAAAAUGCACGCCAUGACAAAGUUUGGGUCUUAGGAGGUUAAAACAGUUUGACAUAAUAAGUGUAUUGGGGAAAUAUGUGCUCUUGCUUUCAGUCAGUGAACUGAUAUAAAAUGUAUGCCACUCUCACAUCUGUGUAUACCUAUAAAGUUAAAUGUGAAACUGAAAUAAGGAAAAUACAUAGCACUAAGCAAAUCCAGAAACAGCACUUCUGAGGGAUUCACUUUCUGAAAAACAAAACAAAACAAAACUCUCUAGACUUCUGGGCUACGUUCACACUGCAGGUGAAAGCGCAUCAAAUCCGACUUUUCUGACCCUGUGCGACCCAUAUCCGAUCAUGGUAUGACAGUGUUAACAGCACAAAUCCGACCUGGGUCACUUUCGUAUGUGGUACUGAAUCCGAGACAUAUCUGAUGUUUUAGAAAGCGACUGCUGUUUGAAUGGUCAUGUCGCAUUAAAUCCGUCUUUUACGUCACUGACACAAGACAGACGCCAAUUAUCAGCGCUGGAGAAGACAUCGUGAAGUCACUGGUGGUCACUGCCCAAGAAGGUCAUACCUUUCCAAAAACGGUAAGGAUAAUUCUGAGAAUACCAAAUUGAAAGGUGUAGCUGAUAUCCCUGUGUUGCUGUUGUUCCUGCAUCAUAAUGAUAAUGUGAUGCAGGAACCAGUUACACUGUUGUGAUGUGAUAGCAUUGCAAUGUGAAGAGAAAAACUGUUUCUAUAAAAGUCUGUACAGGAACAAGCAUGUCAGCUGUUUACUUUAUUGUUUGAUAUCAUUUACUCAUGUUGGUUUGCUCAUGAUCAUUUUUAAAAUCAUUGGCUCACUUCUUGGCUAAUGCUAACUGCUCAGACAGCAUCACUGGUCAGUUGAUGAUCCUGGACCAAAAUUAUUAUGAGGAUGUAGGAACAACACUAACACAGGGAUGUGAGAUUGUGAACUUGGAUACCCUUCAGUCUUUGGAUUCACCUGGAAAUCCUGCUUAUUAAAGUAAUGAACGGAGCUGAUGACAAAGACCAUCCCUGGAAAAAUACAUCUCCCCAUGGGCACAAGUCUGACUCUUUAUCAGCAGUGCAAACUAAAUUAUUUCUACAGGAACUGAAAAAGCUGUAACAACAGGCCAUAGAACUUCUCCAAAUCAACAAAGCGCACUGGGUGAUUUCUCAUGGACCCCAAAGUAUCAUUAUUAACAGGCCAAAGAGCUGGUCCAGUGUUGCAAACCUUAUUUUGGGAUAAAGUUACCUGCAGAGUUUUAACGGGUUUAAUAUUAUUUGCCCUGUGGUUCUAUAUAAUAAUGUCCAGAUGACUCCAGAAAUGAACAUUGUGACUCUCUGCUGAUUCAUUUGGAUAAGGGCUUGGUCUUGUAGCCUGGAAUAAUUUAUUUCUAGAAGGACUUUGACUGAGCUCAGACCCAGUUAGCAUAGCUUAGUAAGAAAACGAAAACCAACCUGACUCUGUUAGAAGUUAAUAAAACCUACCUCUACACUGUGAAGCUUAUAGUUUGAACUAUAUGAUCAAAUAAGUUUCAAAAUCCUUAUUAAUAAUCUGGAGAAGUGCUACCAGGGGAAGUUUGUUACAUUUUGACAGAAUUGGGCUACAACUUUCUUCCAUUGUUCUACUUCUAAGUGAAGCUAACCCAGCAAGAAGGUAAACAAGUGUUCUUCUCGAAAUGUUAAACUUUUCUCUUAAAUUCUGAAAAGGGCCACAAAAACUGUUUAAAAUGAAAGCAUGACUUUCUAACACUUGUGAUAUUCUGUUUGAACUUAGCUAAAAGAAAAAAAUGUGACAAGUUUGUUUGUAGAUCUUGGCUUUGGAAAAAAAAACCCCCACAAAUGACAUUGCAUACAGAUAAAACUGUUCAUUUCUGUUUGUGGCUGCCUCUUCUCUUUCCUGGCUUUGCUCUUGGCUACAUGAAUAAAAGCAACACAAGCACA